AUGGGGCUGGGGGUGGACGAAGGGGGAGCGACGGCGGCGCCCGCGGGGGGAGAGGAGCCGGGCGACCCCCGGCCCGUCCCUGGAGGCGCCGGGACGCGGCGGGAGGACGGGGGAGGCCGCGGGGAGCGGGGACGUCCCGGCGGAGCCGAAGCGGGCGGGACGGUGGUGAAAUCCGCCGGGAAGGACCAGGGAAGAGCUUCCGAGAGCCAGCCGGGGAUGGAGGGACGGCCGGAGACCGGGCGGGAGGACGAACUCACCCGGCAGCUCUUCCCGGAGGAGGGUCCCUACGAGCGUUCCCGCUGCCAGCGACGCUUCCAGGCCACGUCCGAGCCCGUUUGCCGCCAGCGGCCGCGCCGGGGAGGGAAGACUUUGGGCUGCCGAGAGCGCGGGAAGGAGUUUGGGCAGAGCUCGGCCCCCAGUUCCCACCGGAAAAGCCACGUGGUGGAAAAACCCUACCGGCGCUCCACGUGCCAGAAGCUCUUCCAGGAUGGGUCCACCCUCCUCCGCCACGAGCGGGCGCACACCGGGGAGAAGCCCUACGCGUGCCGGGAGUGCGGGAAGAGGUUCUCCCGCCGCUCCCACGUCGUCGUCCACCGGCGCACCCGCACCGGGGAGAAGCCCUUCCGGUGCUCGGAGUGCAGGAAGAGCUUCAGCCAACGCUCCAACCUCUUCACCCACCGCGUCGUCCGCACCGGGGAGAAACCCUUCGCCUGCCACCGGUGCGGGACGAGGUUCACCAGGAGAUCCAGCCCCAUCGUCCACCAGCGGGGACGCAGCGGGCGGAGAACUGGAGGGUGCUCAAAAUGCGGGAAGAGCUUGGAGGAAGAUGCCAGCGCUGACGCUCCCGGCAGCGUGGGGCUGGGAGACGGCUCGUCCCCGUGCUGCCAGUGUGCAAAGACCCUCCAGGAGGCAUCAGGCCUCCUUGACCGGCAGAGGUGACGCAGAGGAGAAACAUCCCAAGUGCCUGGAAGAGGAGAAGUGGCUUGGCCUUGCUUGGCCUGGCUUGGCUUGGCUUGGCCUGGCUUGGCCUUGCCUGGCC